AUGUCAAACAAUGGAACAGCCAAGGCGAAGCAGUACCCAUGCGAUCAGUGUCGGCGACGCAAAGUGAGAUGCAACUAUGCUAUGCCAUGCGACCGUUGCCAGAGCCAUGAACUUCCCUGCGCAUUUCAAACAGUCAGGAAGAAGAGGGGCCCAAGACCAGGCACAGGCACAGUCAUCGGAUCGCUACGAGAGCCACAAAGUCAACUGACUGGCUCCGAAGGUCACAACAACGGUUCUCAUGAGAAUGUCCACACUGAGCAGACUUUCCAACACCACCAACCUACCACCACAGCCAGUCCGAACAAUGCUGGCCUGGAUCACGUACAUCCUGGUUUAUUCCAGUCUGUUUUGGCAGACUCUCAACCGAACCAGCAUAACAACCAGUCUUCACCACAAAGCUUUGUGGACGAUGCGUACUUUACCUUCGAUGAUUUCGCUCAGAAUAUACUUUCGUCUACAGUACCAUUACAAGGGCAGAGACUGGUUGGAGACCGUUCCUUGCUUCUGAACUGGAAUGGGAUGCAAUCUGUGCCUGCCGUUAAUCAGCAUGAUAUCUCCAUAACAAGCCCAUCAACGUGGAGUGACGCGCCCGAUCAAGGGGAUUGGCGGGAGAUUGAGCACAGCGUUGGCCUCUUCUUUGACAAGAUGUAUGCUGUAUAUCCGAUCAUGAAAGAGGACCAUUUGCGUUCACUCCUAGAAACCCCUCCUCACAAACUUCAACGGUCAGAAGUCCGGCUCCUAUGGUCUGUAUGCGCUCUAACCCUAAUGGCUGUCGAUGCGUGGCCGACGAUGGAGCUGGAAAAGAGGACCACUGCUGCGCGACAGUAUAUCCGACGAUGUCUCGAGGAUCGUAUAUCAUCGAACUACAUUGAAAAUGCUACGGUCGAGGAUGUGUUGACAUCGCUGUUUAUUGCAGUGACGUACUUCGAUCUCAAGUGUCGCAAAAACGCUUGGUUCUACGUUAGAGAAGCCAUCAGCUUGGCUCAAGCGGCGGGCAUGCAUACCGUUGAGAGCGACGUGAAGCUACAGCCAGCUGAACGACUACGCAGGCAACGGAUCUACGCGUUGCUAUUUAUCACUGAACGCGGCGCCUGCAUACAUGAUGCAUUCUCCAUCAGCAUACUAUCGUCGCCAAUGCUGCCCUGUGAAAGACUACCGGAGGAAGAGCCCUCAGUCUCCAUCGGCCUCAGCAUGCUAUUCCACCUAUUUUCUCUACUUGACUCAAACUUCUUCCGGGCCCGAAACGAUCUGACCUCGGUUCAGGGCACUGGAAAAGAGUAUAUCGAGCUCGCUACCCUGCAGGAACAAUUACACCAGGUGUUGGACCUUACUAACGUCUCCGAAACCCAACAAGCCGAUAUACUGGUCACGCAACAGUGGCUUCGACUUAUGGUCUGGCAGACUGCCCUGAGGCUAGGUUUGAUCUCUUCGGCAGCGAUGAAUCCCUCGUAUACGUACGCUUAUCCUAUACAAAUCGCUUCCUCGCUAUGUAAAACCCUAAAGACGCUAUCCUCAGCUGCAAUAGAGGUUCAUGGAUUGGGUAUUUUCGAGAAACAAUUCGAAAUCGCCUACUCCCUACUCGACGCACUAACAUUAUCCGACGGUACGCAGUCACAAAAUCACCAUGAAACGCUUCGUUCACUCCUGCAGUCUCUUUCCGCCUCGCCAAAAUCGCGAGAUGUUUAUGUUCGCAUUCUUCAGAAGAAGAUGGGUCAAGACAAUCCUGCACGCAAGAACGAUCGGUAUGUUCGUCUGGCCAAUGUGCAGCUGCUGGUUGAUGAGCGCUUGAAUCAACGAUCUGCUCGAUGA